GUAGAUUAUGUAUAUUGGUUGCAAUACUUUAUCACGGCUCAACAAUACAACAGCACUUUUUUUUUUUCUUCGUAUGGCUCAGAUGCAUCAGUAUUUCAGAAUUUCAACUGCACAGGCAAUAUUUUCACUUGUCCUGUACGGAAAAACAAAACAAAAAAAACACAAAAAAAAAAACAUUGUACACACAUUAAAAAGAAAAACAAUUACUGUAUACUGUAUAUUAUUUAUAUAUAUAUAUUGUAUAUGUAAAAAAAAAAUAAAAAAAAAAAUAUAUAUAUAUAUUUUACAUAUAUUUUUACAUAAUUUCAAGCUAGUUAAAUAGUGCUACAUAUUAAUUCAAGCAGACUUUACGCCAGAAUGUUCUGUACAUAACAGAAAACCAAAUGUUUAAAAUCUAAAACUGUUAAAUAUGUAUAUGAUCUUCAAACGUAAGAUGUAGUGAUGAUGCAGCAUUAGCUCAAAAAGACAAGUGAUUCAAUUUCAUCUUAAAAUUUUCUUGAAUGAACAAAAUUUAAAACACAGACACAUGCUUGUACAUACUUGAUAAACACAGGCAGCCAAAUGACACUAAUAACCUGUAAUUCUGUAUCUGCAGGUAAAGGUCAAAGGUCAACACACAAGGAGCAGUAAAACGUACCCUCUGUGGCGAUGGAUAAGUUGCAGCAGAAGGCUGUGGAGCAACCUGAGCAGAAGAAAUCCAAGUCGGCUGAAUUUCUGAUGGCAGAAAGAGGCUUGAUGGAGGGUGCCGUGAAUCCUGCAUUCCAGGAAGACUCGGAGGAAGAGAGUGAGAUGAGAGGUGGCGAUAGCACACUUGUAGCUCGGCGACAACACGUGGGGCUGCAGGCCUCAGCUACGGCACGAGGAAAUGAAGGUGCCCAAAAUUACUUUGACCCCUCGUCGGCGGCGGAGGGUGACCCAAGGCGGUGCAGGAUGUCUGGGGUCGGAGGCAGAGAUGAGCUGGAAUUAAAAUUUAUGAAUGAAGAUGAGAGAAACCUUUAUGAGAAACUUUCCAAAAUGUUUCAGGAAGAAGACGCCUCCACUGUCAUAGAUUUACCAGGUAUGGUGGCAUCUGAGUGUGGUGAGGAUGUUGAACCAGUGGCUAAAGAUGGAUGGAGGGAUCGAAGGAGGGCUGAGCUGCUGGAGAGGAGAGCGGAGGUCAUCCCUCAGUAUGUGGAGCAGCUCAGAGAGCGUGUGCAGAAAGACAUGAUCCCAGUGGGCAAACCCGUGCUAGAACAGGAAGAGCAUUCAGAGCGAGGGAAGACGGAGGAAAAGGUGUGGGCGAGGAAGCAGAGAGUAAUGUCGCUCUUAAGGGGAAAUUCAAAGAUCAGGCACAUAGAUGAGGAGGAAGCCGUUCUGCAGGACAGACUCUACGCUGUGUUCCAGCGGGCGGAGAAUCGCUUGCUGAAUUCUUUGCGUCAACACCAGGCUGAGAUCAUCGACCAAUAUGGUGAAAUUAUUGAAGAGGCAGAAAACACAGAGCCACUGGGCAUCGAAUCUGACCUCCACUGGCAGGUGGAAUGGACUCGGACUCCACAGCCCAUAGAGGUGCUUGUUUUGUGUCUGAGGGCCGUGAGAGAGAAGCUGCCCAGAGGUCUGUACUCACUAAGCGUGUCUCUUCAGACCCAACUGGGCGGCCGCAUGCUGCGCUGGUCCCGUCUGCAGGAGCAGCAGUGGGCUGGAAGCACAGAACCUGUGGAACAUCAGGGCCGAUACUGUGACACAGAACUCAACAUUAACCAGAGCCUCUACAUGGUCUUACCUGCAUCAUGUGAUCUGUUGCCAUCCAGUGUGCUAGUGUUCAAGCUGUUAUCUCUGCCUGGUGAUCACAGUCAUGUGAGUUCUGUGGUGGGCUGGGGUGCAUUUCCCAUCUGCGACUGCUCCCUUCAGCUCUUCAAGGGCAAGUUCAAGACCCCUCUCUUGCGUGGCAGGCCAAACUCCUCACUCAACCAAUUCCGCAAAAUUGAGCAUCUGCUCUCCACUGACCUGGACCACUGGCUAUGCAACGUUUACUUCCAGGUGAAGAGACUCCCGCGGGGCAGCACCAGGGUGCCGGAGCGCAGCUUCACCCUGCAGAUCCCCUCUCACCCCCAGCUGAGCUCCAGCCAGGGGCUUCCUCCCCACCCGGACACCUCCACCCGCUCCUCUGCCUCUCUGCCAGGUAAGAGCCCCACCGGAGCUGUGUCAGCCUCUGAGCCCAGCAACCAGUCAAACCGACCCAUCGCUGAGAAAACCAAGGCCGGAAUUCAUAGCAAGAGCGGCAGGCAGAAGAAGAUAAUCGAGAGAAACAGUGAGGCGCUCAAACCUCUCCCUAAAGAUCAGCUGGACCAGUUCACCUUCUCCGUGCGAUCUCACCGACACAGUUUGCACAGGUCUGCCCCUGUGUGUUGCGGGACGGCCAAGAGAACACGUCUGGCAGUGCGUCUCCUCCCGUCGCUGCUCGAUUUGUCCUGCCGUCCACGUCCUCAUCUGUCUCAGAUCAGUUUGAGCAUUUUCCUGUUCAGUGUAAUGUGGUUUCCCCGUCUGUACCUGCAUUACUGCAGCCAGUGGCUCUUUCUGCAGGCUCAACACAUCCCCAUCAACAGAUUUGGGUUGGGUGUGCACACGGUGGAUCUGGUCUAUCAGGGUUCGCUGCUAUCUACCCUGGAGGAGGUUCUGCUGGUGCUGCUGGGCCCCCUGACCUUGAAUGCAGCUACGCUACUGCUGCUCCUGAUCAGAUGGGGCUGUCAGCUAGCGUUUGGCUCACCGCCCUCCUUCCUGUCAAAGUUUAUCAUGGCUGCGGCAGUGUGGACAGUGCUGGACCCUCUGGCGGUCUUCGCUGUGGAUGCCGUCCUGGGGCGGCUGUCCUACAGUGCAGAGGAACCAUUAGCGGAUGCUGCCAAGCUUUACUGGCAUUUCUUUCGGACGGAGCAGUCGGGUACAGCAGGCAUCAUCAUCACACUCUUCCUGUAUGGCGUCCACUGCAUCCUCUCCUUCACUUUUCUUUAUGUUUACUUCCUCAGACUUCACAAUGAUGGGAGACUGUUAGAUAUCUAUCAGCGGCUCCACAGCACUGAGGGAGCGUUCUUUGUUCCACAUGAUAUGGAGGUCUCCAACCAGGAGCUCAAUUACAUUGUAAAGAAGGCAGAGCAAUGGAGAGGCUUCAAUGGAGAGAGACGCAAGGUGGCAGUGUAUGACUACAUCUGGACAGAGGAGGAGCCUUUGGUAGGAUUGGCACCGCCUGCAGGCAUGCCCGUUACAGGAUGUGAGACAAGCACCCAUCUAUCCAUCUACACACUGCACUUGAGCGGCCUGCGCCAACAUUACAGACACUUCCUAAGACAACCUGAUGGAGCCAUUAUAGAGGUGAUGGAUGAUUCUGACAGUAAAGAGUUUCAGAAGUCAGAGUUGCAUAAGGAACAUGAGAGGAUGAAGAGUGUGACACAUCUCAGAGAGAGGAAGAGGAGAAAAGCUGCCUGGCGAUCGCACAGGGUUGAGCCUCUUGGAGGAAGUGCCUGUGACUCAAGCAUUGGAAUUAAAGAGCCCAGCCCAUAACCUCAAGUAACCACACACAAUAAUAAAUAAAUAAAAUUAAAUGCUUUUCUAAACAGAAGGGUGCUUUACAGUACAUUUGCAUAUAUACACCUAUGUUUCUCUGUUAGCACAUGUGUAAACUUGAGGGGAACUGACUAAAACUCUACAAAGCACCAGAUUAAAAGUCAUUUUCAAAUGAAAUUUGAAAAAAAAUCAUUUGUUUGCAGUUGCUACUUGAUAUUUUGUAUUAAAUGCAAUGACACAGCGUUUCUACGCAGUUCGGAAAAGUAUGGAAAAGUAUUAAAUUUGAUUUGAGUAAUUUCCAGGUCUGGAAAAGUAUGGAAAAAUAUUUGCAUUUCCAGACUAUUGCACCUAUUUACUUUUAUAUAAUAGAAAACUAAGAAUUUAAUGAAAAUAAAUUUGUCAUACACAAAGUGUGUUUUCAUGGCAGCUGUUUAGUGAUUCAUUCAGUUGUUGUCAAACACAACUGAAUGAAUUCAAGGUGCACUUUUUCAUUAUGAAAAAAUGCAGGUUAUAAGCUUUUUGGGUUUCUUCUCAUGACAUUCUUAGCACUCUAUAAGGACCUUUGCAAAAAAUAAAAAAUAUACAGACUUUCGUGUGCACACAAGAAACCAUUAAACUUAGCAUAUGGGACAAUGCACACUGAGCCACCUAUUGUGCCAUCAGCCCAUUUUGCGGUGUGGUUUCUUGGCAACCACAGAGUAUGCAUUAAAGCAGAUCUAAGGCCUUGAAAUAUGACGUACUGCCCUAACGAAAGCCAAAUUUUGAACACUUUUUUACAGUACCAGUCUUUUUUUUUAUAGACCCUUGAACUUGGCAAACAGGACAAUGCACACAGCCCAUCACACAGUGCCAUCAGCCCAUUUCGAGUCAUGGUUUCUCCGCCGCCACAGGGGAUGCGUUAAAUUGGACAUUAGGCCUUGAUAUUAAAGUUACUACCCUAAGAAAAGCCAAAUUUUGAGCAAAUAGAUCUCUAUUAUUUCAUAUGCAUCCAUGCUCUCGUUUUCUUCAUAGUAAGAUGGCAGUGACACACAAAGGAAAUAGGUUAGGCCUAUAGUGUAUAUAUAAAACUAGAAAUUGUAAUGCGCAAGCACGCAAAAAUUCCCAUGCGCAUGUGAAUAAUUUCUCGAGGGCACGAAAAAGUUUCUUGUGUGCAUGCAAAAGUCUGUAUAGAUUUUUUUUUUCUUUUUUUUUCUUUUUUAGGGGGAUCUGUAUGUUGUCACUUUGAGAAAAUUAAUGAAAAAAACCCUGAGAAAAUAAAAAUAUUUGCAGAUGACUGUUCUAUAUUCCAAAUAUUAAGCUAUAAAUAAUGCUGUAUGAACCAUUCAUGUUAAAUAUGGUCUGAAAAUCCAGAGAGAGGUUUGGGUAUUUGAGUCUGGAAAAAUAUGGAAUUUUGAAAUGGAAAACGUGUAGGAACCCUGAUAGACAAGUGUGACUUAAGUGUCUAACUAUUUUUUGUAAUACUGUAUACUGUCACGUUGUGGUGUAGUCAAUCACACACAAUGAAGACCAAUGGAUUUUCAAUAAUCAAAAAUCUUUAAUAAAGAAAACCAAAACACAUAGAUCACAGGAGAUACAAAACACUAAGAAUUAACACACCAAUGUAAAGACGAGAAUCGACAAACACAACGGAAAACAAAUGGCUAUAUAUAUAUAUAAGGGGUGAACACAGGCAACUAAAUGAUAAACAGGUUUGACUAAUUGGUAACUAAGGCAACUAACAUGCUGUGAUAAAGAACUAAACUGAGGGUACGUUUACGCAACAACGAUGUACUAAAAAUAAAGAAAAGCUUUCUCUUUGCAUUUGUAUGCAUACAGAUGACAAUGUUGUCAAAACUAUCCCGUUCGCACAGAUCCACGAAAACAACUAAAAAUGCUGUAUUAUGCAUGCCAGGCCAGUAGUUGGCGGUCACUUUGUAAAAAAAAAAAAAAAGAAAGAAAGAAAAAAAAAAAACUCUAUGCACCUAUAGACUGAACAUAUAAUAAGCAUGCACAUGAUGUCACUGUUUUCACAAAUUCAUGUCUUUGUAGUUUACACAAAAACUAAAACUUGCACUUUGAACCAUGUAAACGCCCUCUGAAAUUAAAUAUAGACAACAGAAAGGCAAAAUGGCAACUAAACUAAACAUAACCCUUGCAUAUGCCUAGAAAUAAUAAUAAUAAUAAUAAUAAUAAUAAAAACCAAUAAAAAAUGGUAGCAAAAACAUUUAACAAUGAAGGAUAUUAACAAAACAUUUUAUUUAAGAAAGAUUUAAUGCAAGCUGAUGGUCUCCAAUUAAACUUUCACAACCAUGGAUUUGAAUGAAGAUUUGAAUGCAACUUUACCUACAGUAAUAAAAAGAACCAAAAAAAUAUAUAUAUUGUAGCUUUCAUGUUUUCAGGUUUUUGUGUCAGAUCUCUAAGGACAGAAGUAGAAAAAAAAAGCCAGAUGUCAAAGAAAAGUGCAAUACAUAAAAGCAAGGCAGUUCAUCAAACAGAAAACAAUGUAAAGUAAAAGUUCCAUGAAGACAUGAACGCGGGUCAUUUGGUCUUCACUGCUGCUUCAACACCAUGAAAAAUGACGAUUCUAAAAGUCACUUAUCAAGACACAGUGAUAAAAUAUCAAUAUUGGGGCCACAUUAAGCAGGAUAAUAUUCUGUCUGCCUUGAUUUGUAUUGAGUAUGUGUCUGCUGCCCGGUGCUUGACGUAAUGAACUCGCCCACAAAUCAGCCCUUAAUGGGGCCCUACUUAUAUAUACUGCUUAAUUAAAGGUUGUGGGCUUAUUAACAUGUGUCAGCGGUGGCGGCCGGGUGAGAUUGAAUCUGUUCGUACAGAGCCAGGUUGUAAAGGUUUUAUAGAUAACCUAUCAUUAUUAAACCCCAUUGCUUAAUAUCAGAUCUUAAUAACCUGUCAUUUUCAUUGAUGAUGAUUUUCUUUAUGGGCGGCCAUUAUGGUCCAAAGUUGCGGCUGUUUAGGGAAAAGCUGUUUGGGACUCUCGGCACCUCAGCGCUUAUGACUCUCGUGUGCUCAUUGAACUUUCUGUCUUUUAUGCGACGAGAGAGCAUCAGUGAGUAGUGACCAGAGGGCUUUUAGCUCAGAACAGCCCAGCUGAGAUGAGCCUUCAUCUCUCUCUCUCUCUCUCUCUCUCUCUCUCUCUCUCUCUCUGUCUC